AUGAAGGUACCAAAUUUUCUUGCUGCAGCAAUGGCUGUUUUUGGCUUGGUGCGCUCGAGUUGCAGCCAAAUAGUCAGCCACAGGCCCUCGGAAGGUGCGGGUGUUUCUUACAGCGUCAAUGUACCCCAAAAUACGUCGCUGUCAGGAUCUGGUCCCAUCUUCCUUCAGUUGAAGGCUCCACCUGGUAUCAAAUGGUUCGCCCUGGGUCAAGGGUCCCAGAUGACGGACGGGAACAUGUUCAUUGUCUACUCAGCAUCCAUGCACAAUGUCACCCUGUCCACUCGGAGAGCAGCUGGCCACGUGGAACCCUUUUAUGACCCGAGUAUCCAAGCUUACCUUCUUGAUGGGUCUGGUGUCCAUGAUGGAGUUAUGACCGCUAACAUCCGUUGUGACAAUUGCACAACUUUGACCGACGGAGAGAGUGCGCUGGGAAUGUCCAGCUCUUGGACGUGGGCAUUAACGCAUGGCCCCCCGUUGAUGUCCAGAAACGUAUCCGAAAAGCUGUACCAGCAUAAUUGGCACGGCUCUUUCUCCUUGAAUUUGACCCAAGCUGUUGGCGGCAACAAUACCAACCCGUUCAUUGUUCCGAUGCGGUCCUUGUUCGAAUCAUACACCCAUCAGCGGCAAGUGAGCGAUACUCUUCUUCACAAAAAGCGAAUCGCCCAUGGCGUGAUGACCUCGGUCGCCUUCGUCCUUCUUUUCCCCAAUUUUGCCCUUCUUUUAUACAUUGUGCCGUCCCGCCGUACCGUCCCGUGGGUACAUGCCCCUCUUCAGCUAUUUGCCGUGCUUUUGGCCUUAGCCGGCUUUGGGGUUGGAGUUUCUGUCUCCAAAGAUCUCCAGGAGAUUGGGGGUUACCAUCCAGUCAUCGGUUAUGUGGCGGUCGGCGGUGUUGUUCUCAUCCAGCCGAUCCUGGGAAUUAUGCAGCAUCUGCAUUUCCGCAAGACGGGAACAAGUUCGCUGUAUGGCGUCUCCCAUCGUUAUCUUGGGCGCUUUUUUGCCGCCUUAGGGGUUAUAAAUGGCGGGAUAGGUUUUCAUUAUGCCACCGCCAAAAACCCUGAUAUCCCGCAAGCUUCCCCGCUUGCUUAUGGCAUCAUAUGUGGAUCGAUGUUUAUUAUUUACGUCUCCGUCAUUCUUUGGAGGAAGUCAAGGUUGCAGCCUAAGACCUCGACGGGGAACGGAUUGCCAUUCUUCAGACGUCGACAAGACCAACCAACUCUUGGCAAACUUGAGAACAGCAGCGACAACACGCUUUGCGAAAGUGUUGAGGUUGAAGCGUCUCGGGAAAAGCCAUGGCUGUCAUGA